UUAGCGAUCAGCUGACCACUACUGAGUACGGAAGCAGUGCAGUUUGAAACACGCGCUAGUCUGCCUUCAAUAAUGCACAGUUAGUGUUACUCUCUCCUGAGAGAAAGCAAGCACAUUUUUGUACUUGUGUGUUAAUCUUAAAAGAGAACCGCUUGACAGUCAUUCUGCAUUGAUAUUUACCACGCAGUGAUGGCAGGCAGCGAGUCCAAUGUCGUGGUGAAUGGAACACAAGUUUCCUUUCUUGAAGCAAACUGUGAGGAAAUUCCAGAGUUUCUAGGAGAACGAUAUGGGAAAAUUGCAAAGCGAUUAGAUCUCAGCUAUAACCAGCUAAGGUCACUAGAAGCACUGAAAGCAUUCACUAGCCUGGAAGAACUGAUUGUGGACAACAAUCUCCUCGGAAAUGACCUUCAGUUGCCCAGAUUACAGCACCUCCACACCCUAACACUCAACAAGAACCUCAUCACAGAUAUUGAAAUUCUGUUGGAUCACCUCUCCGAAAUGACUCCUUCAUUGGAAUAUCUUAGUCUUCUAGGCAAUGAAGCGUGCCCCAAUGAACUUGUUAGUCAGGACAAAGAUGAAGAUGACUACCAGAGAUACAGGUACUUUGUGCUGCACAAGCUGCCAAAUCUGAAGUUUUUAGAUGCCCGCAAAGUGACCAGAAAAGAAUUUGAAGAGGCUAAAACCCGUGGAGCGUUCAUGAAAGUAGUGAAGCCCAAGGAUGAUAAGGAGUCUCUCGGCCGCAAGGGAGCUUCUCCAGAGAUGCCAUAUACCCCUUUGCCAAGUGGCUCCAGAGAUCCAAAAAAUCAUAAAGGUGUUUUUGCAAAAUGUCAGUACAUUUAUUAUGGAAAGCACUCGGAAGGCAACCGAUUUAUUCGUGAUGAUCAACUUUGACAGGCUGCUGCUGAUUAUUGCUGAUGACCACUUCAUAAGGAAACUGAAAUAUCACUUUGGUGUAAUUAUCCACUCUAGAGAGCCCUCUACUGCCUCUGCCUUAUGCCGACUUCUCUAGUCCUGUCAGAGCCAUCCUUCUGUCUUAGUUCUAUCAAGAUUGACAUGAUUGCCUUUAAGCAGGCCCCUUUCACCAAAGUGACAGACAGCUGCAGCCACGUUUCUGGCCUGACAGGAUGAGCACCAUGAUGGAUUGCCUUGCCCAAAUGCUUCACAAGGAAGGACAAAGGUCACAACCCGAGGCAGCUCUGAGCAUGUGCAGCCCCUUCUAAUGGGUUUCUUGAAAGUCAUAUACAGGGGUUUCAUGUGUUUUUUUUUUUUUUCCCUCAACAAAGUGAUGUGCUCCUGAAGUGAUAACAGCCCACAUUAGAUAUUUUUGAAAUGAAUUCCUGAAGUUCAAUAAAGUGGUUGAUGUUAAAAAGAGCAUUGUUUUAAAUAAACUUCAUUGUUACUGUUGAUAAUGGUCUGAAUUUUAGCAUAGAAUAACUGUUUUUUAAUGUUAAUGGAUUUUGAUAUCACUGUUUAUGUACCACAGGCAUAAGGCAAUUAAAGUAAUUAAAAUUGC